AUGGUAUUUCAGGAAGAAAGACGCGAACCUUCUCAGGUCACUGGCCAAUUAUACACUGCAGCAGGCGUAGCUCAACAGACAGUUGCUUCAAUCAUUCCAUCAGCAUUAGGAGGCGACUCAAUCUUGGAAUCAGGUAAAAACCUAGAACAGUCAGGUAAAUUGCAAGUUGACGAAGCCAAGAAUAAGAAAGCUUUGGAAGCUACCAUAGAUUCAGGAGUGGGUAAAGCUAAAUCCGCUUUGGGAUACAUAACAUCUGACCAAACCCGACAAUCGGAGGGUAACAAAGAAUCCGAGAAAGCUCAAUGGGACUACACACAGGCUACAUCAGACUCCAUCGCUGCUAUUCCUAUACCCAGCAAAGAAGGUUUGCAAGGUAAAUUGGAGAGUGUCCAGGGGAUGGUCAUGGGAGAUCAAGAGAAACAGAAAGAGGGUAAUGUCAAAGCUGAGAAAGCAGCUUGGAAAGAUGGCGUAUAG